AUUCCCCCUGUUGAUGCGGAGUGAAGUUGAAGUUGGGGCUAAGUUCGUCGUUGUCCGCCUCAGGGGGAGAGUAUGAGCUAAGUCUUUUGUCGAAUGGUUGGCACCAAAUCCCAGUGGCUGACGCUCUCCUUCACUUUGGCAUUGGCUUCUCUCUCUGCUUCCACUGCCAUCUCUGUUUAUUUGUGGAGAAGGAAAUCGAAGUCUAUCUCAAAUGGGGAGGCCGACAAAAAAAUUCAACAACUUGAAGACUCCUUAAAGGGCGCCUUGGAAAAAUGUGCUGCUGAAAGACAAGGCCGCAUUAGGGCUCAAAAGGAUUUAAGGGAAGCAUUGAGCAGGCCUAAUUUCAACAAGGUUGAAUCUACUUCAUAUCCAAUGGCACCUAUUGGGGUAGUUCACUCAUGCUUCUCUACAAGGAAUGGGACUCCAAGACAGCCUUUAAUUGUACCUCUUGCAAAGGCAUCCUUGAUAUUUGAUCCUACUCGGGUUCCGGAAGCAUCUCUUGAGGGCCUUGAAGGGUAUUCCCACUGCUGGAUUAUCUAUGUGUUUCAUCUAAACACAGAUCUUGAGAAGUUAUGGAAGCAUCCGUCACAGUCAAAAUUUAAGGCAAAGGUAAGGGUACCGAGGCUCAAAGGUGAAAGAAUUGGAGUCUUUGCUACAAGAUCACCGCAUCGUCCGUGCCCAAUUGGAUUAACUGUGGCAAAGGUGGAGGCAGUGCAUGGGAAUACAGUGUUGCUCUCUGGUGUGGAUCUGGUUGAUGGAACACCCAUUCUGGAUAUCAAGCCUUAUCUGCCAUACUGUGACAACAUCCAAGGAGCUACAGUUCCUGAUUGGGUGAAGGUCGACGAUGCGCUAGCUAUAGCUUCUGUUAACUUCUCUGAAGGAUUUUCGUCAAGCCUUGCAGCUUGUUGGUUGCUUGUGGAAAAGAAGUCACUUUAUUCCUCUCCAGAUGAAUUUCAAUCCUUGAUAAGGGAGGUGCUCUCAUGGGAUAUAAGAUCAGUUUCUCAACGAAGCCGUCCUCAUCAACCUCCCCUUGAAACAGAAGCCAGCAGUAGAGGUGAUGUUGAUGCUGAAAAUAGAGUAGUCAGUGCUGAAGCCUCUCAAAACGGAGGUGAGCUAGUUACAUCUCUAAUAAAUGAUGUUGUUUAUCACCUGAUUUUGGAAGGCUUAGAUGUUUCAUACAGAAUCAACUCCAACGCCAAUGUUCUUGUUGAGAAAGUCACCCUUGCAUCUCACACACAAACUACCAGUAAAUCGGAUACUUGACAUGGUUCUUGCUGUUGUUUAUGCCGCUUUCUUUAACUUUCAAUGGUAUUUUUUCUUUCUGAA